AGCACCACAAACAGAGGAAGAAGAAGCACAAAACCCAAAUCAAACGCGUCGCCAGUGUUACGGGUCGCAUCCCGAUGUGUGAUCCCGUGGUGGUGGUUCUAUUCUUCUUCUGCUGCUGCUGCUUCUUCUGCUUCUUCUGCUUCCUCUGCUUCCUCUUCUGCUGCCUAUCUACUCCUGCCAUGGCCAACAACGCCUCCGAUUCUCACACCAACAAGCCUUUGCCCAAGACUGUCGAGCAGGCGCUAGGCUACACUCCUCUCAAGUACUUAAUUCCUACCCAAGAUGGUAAGUUUUGCCAACUCUGCUGCCUGUGCUGCCUGUGCUACCACCAUUGACCUCUACUAACCUCAUCUCUGCUCCAGUCACUCCCUUGACGACUCCUUCGGUGCUCAACAUGUCAAACUUGUUUAUCUCUCUCGAUUCUGAUCCCAAUUCCUCUUUGAACCAAUUCAGAAACCAAUUAAACUGCCAAAACAGCACUCUAGACCCUUUUGUUGACCACAUUUCCCAGCUAGUCUCCUACAAUGCUCGCGAAAAUCUCAAUCUAUCCAACAUAAAAUUCAAAAAACCCUUUGCUUUGUAUGAUCACAACCAAAAUUUUGUUGGCGCUAACAAAAAUAAUCAAAACAAUCACAAUAACAACACAGAUAACAACAAUACCUCCAUUAUACCAAAUGAUUUGCCCUAUCUUAACCAAAAAGUCCUACAGGCUUCUUUACCUCAUAUUAAUGAUAACCAGGUCUAUAUAUCUUCUUCUCUACUCAAUAACACUGACAUCACCAACAAAAAUUAUAAUAAUCAUAAUCACACUCUAAAGAAAAACUACAAUCAAAGUCAAAAUCAAAAUCAAAAUCAUAAUCAAUUACAAAACAGUUCAAUCGUUAUUGAUAUAUCUGAUGAUGAUGAUAAUGAUGAUGAUGAUAAUCACCCUAAUAACAACUACAACAAACCAUCCAAAAGAUCCGUUUCACUUUCAAGUCAACUUGAUAACUCUUUGAAAAAACCUAAAAAAGACGAUAUUCAUGUUAAUAAUAAUAAUACUAAUAUUAAUACUAAUAAUACUAAUAAUACUAAUAAUACUAAUAUUAAUACUAAUAAUACUAAUAGUACUAAUAAUACUAAUAUUAAUACUAAUAAUACUAAUAUUAAUAAUAGCGAUACUCAUAACAAUAAUCAUAAUCAUAACGAUAAUGUUCAUAAUUCUAGUGCAGAUUUCAUUUUAAUUGAAAAUGACAUAAAUUCUUCUCCAACCAAAAAACAAAACAUCAAUUCAUGCACUGAAUUAGAUAAAUUACAACUAUCCGCAAUCUCCUCCAUAAAAAGAUUGAUAAAUCGCCUUGGUUUAACUGAUUCUGACAUUGAGCUUGAAGAUCAUAAAGAUUUUUGGCUACCCUUAUUUCAUCCCAUUCACAACGAUCAAAUAAGCGAAAAUACAAACAAUAUCUCCAAUUUCAAUCUCAAUAUAGAUAUCAAUAUAGAUAUCAAUAUUGACAUCCUAGAUCACAACAAUUAUUGCUUAUCCGAUUACGUUCUAAUAAAACUUGAUGAAUUAUUAAGAAAAUCCUUUUUUGACAAUUUCAACAACCCAUCCUUCAAAUUACCAAAUAACGAUCUACUAAACUUCUCAUAUUUAUCAAGAAUCGAAAAUUUAUGUCUAAAAUCAAUCAAAUAUUCUCUAGAAAUUCAAUGGGAGGGCUUACUAACUUUGAAUUAUAACAAAAACAACAACAACAACAACAACCCCAAAAAAAUAAAUAAAAAUUCACACAAUAACAGAAAUAACAUGAUUUUUAACUUUAAUGACAAAAAUUUAUACACUCUUAAAUUGUGUAGUAAUGCAUUAAGAGCUAGUUCCGUAAUUCUAUUAAUCUUUUUAUCAAAAAGAAAAGAAAUAAAGUUAUAUCUAGAAGAUUUUCUAAAACCAAUAAUAAACUUCAUCUAUGUGUUAAUUGAAAAUCUAAUUCUACCCCUAAGUUUAAACAUAUCAAUCGUAAAAAAUUAUUAUAAUCACAACACUUUUAAAAACUUAAAAAAGAUUUUCGAUGGCAUCUUAAAUUUCUUAGUUAAGAUUUUCUCUCAACUAAAUGAUUACAUUCUUUUAUAUCACAACAAUCAAAUAAAUCAAGACAAUUCUCAAAAUAUUACUGUCAAUGAUUAUUUGAUUACAAAACUAGAAUACCUAUCAAACCUACUAAUAUUUACCUCUCCAUUAAAUGGUUCGGAAAAUACCUCAAAUAUAUCAAACCUAAAUAAUUGUAUUAUAUCUCCAAAUAGUAUCCAGCUCUUGAAAAAUUGUUCAAUCGAUAUUCUAGUUUCAAUCUUCAAGGAAAUGCCAGAUCAGAAAGAUUUCAUUCUUAACGAAAUUCUAACUAACUUUGAUGUAAAUAAAAUGAUAAAUAAUAAAAAUAUAGCAAGGCAAUUUAAAAUCCCCAAUAGAUCAAUCACCGUUCAAUUGUUCACCGUACUCAUCCUAAAAAUAAUUCAAACCUUCGACAUUAGCACCUAUAGGUUUAAAUACCCAAUAUGGAAUUACAAAAAAGAUCAAUCAUCUUAUUCUCAAAUGAAUAAAAAAGCUAAAAAAGACGAUAAAAAAAACUACCUCGACCAAUUAUUGUCUUUUAAAACUUAUUUAUCAGAUUCUUACAAAUCUUUAGAUCAUAUUUGCAACCAAAUCUCCUCUUUUAUUAUUAACAAAAUUUCAAAUCAGACUGACCUGACUAAUAAGCAUUUAUUUGAAAUCUUUUUAGAAGAUCUCUUAAAACUAUUAAGAUUUCCAGAGUGGGCUGGAUCUGAAACUUUGCUAUUAUCUUUAAUGAGCACAAUGAUGUUUGUUUUUCAAUCUUCAAAUUAUUCUUCUUUAGUUGAAACCUUUUGUCUUGAAAUGAUUGGACUAAUAGGAACUGAGAUUUUAACAUUUAAAAAGGAAAACAGUCUAUUAAAGGACAGAAACAAUGCUGAUUCUAAUGGCAAUUUUUAUAAUUCCACCUUUCUAAUGUUACAACCUAAUAUGCUAAUUCAGGAUUUUGAUAUUGUUAUAGAAAGCUAUAAGAAAUCUUUAAAAUAUGUUUAUAAUAAAAAAUUUAAUUUUCACUUUCUUUAUUUAAAAUGGUUAUUUAAUUUAGAGACUUUAUCUCAAAAGUUUUUAACUAGUUUUGCAGAAAAUGCUAGCUCUGAACAAGAUAAAAAUCAAAACAAUUUUCAGAUCGAACACGAUGAUAAUGAAGAAGAGAAAUUACUUAAAUUAAAGGAACAAAGAAAAGUUGAAAAGUUCAUGUUAAACUCUUCUCCUUUAUUUAUUAAAUUAAAGGAUGUUUAUGAUAAGUUAUUAGAAGAUUUGAACUCAAAUGAACUUAAAAUAUUUAUGGAAGUUUCUCAUAUAUCAAAUAUAGAGAUAUCAGAAUGGGAUUCUGUUACCAAUUAUAGUAUUGUCCUACUAUCUCAACCUUUAUUAAAUUUAUACGAUAGCUUUUUAAAUCUCGUGGUUAAUUCUUUAAGUCAUCCUAAAAUUAAAUCAAGGACAAGAGCAAUAAAAAAUUUAUCUUCAAUUAUUAAAAAAGAUCCAUCUUUACUAAAAGUUCCUAAAAUCAAAAAUUCUGUUUCCUCAAGACUAAAUGAUGUAUCUCCAUUGGUAAGGGAUUCUAUAAUUGAUUUACUUAGCCAGUAUAUUUUUAAAAAUUCAGAAGUUAUUAAAGAAUUUUAUCCCAACAUUAUUGAAAGAAUAAACGAUCAUUCUUUAGCUGUUAGAAAAAGGAUCUUAAAAUUAAUUAAUCAAAUUUAUAAUAAUAGUGAAAGUCUUGAGUUAAAAAUCUUGAUUGUUGAAACUUUGUUGAAAGGUCUUAAUGAUGAAGAAGAUUCUAUUAUCGAGCUUGUAAGAAAUAAUUUAUUGGUUAUAUGGUUUGUAUCUUUAACUACAGAAAUUAAUAAAAGGGUUGUUGAUCAGGAAUUAAUUGGAAGAAUGGCAAUAGAAAGAGUUGAAGUUAUGGUUGAAGUAAUAAACAAAAAUGAAAAAAAUUGGGAUUUAUUUGAAAAUUUCUUAACAAAAUAUGUUUUAUUUGAGGAAAAAAAUAAAGAUGUAAAAAGUAUUAAGACAAGCUUUGCUGGAAACUCGAAUCUACCAAUAAAUCGCCAAGAAAUUUUGAAAACAUUGAAACUAAUAAUUGAGAAAACAUUGGAUUUUGUGAUUGAAAAAAAUGAAACAGAUUUAAUUGUUGAUAAAGAUGGCAAUAAAGAUGCAAGUUUGUCGAUUCAAAACAAAGUUGAAAAAUUUAUUGGGUUGCUAGCUGUAUUUAGUAAAUGUGGAGGAAAUCUUAUUAGUCAAGAUCAAUUAAUGUCUCUACAGCCGUAUUUAACAGAUGAGUCAUCUAUUGGAGAUGCCAUAUGUUUUUACACAUUAGAAAUUUUUAAAAACACAUUACCUGAGACUAAAGCAUUAAGACCCAAAUUUUUAGAAGAUGCUGAAUUUUCUUUAUUAAGAAGGUUAUCUAAAUUUAAUGUGAGAGAAUUAGGAGAAGCAAUUCCUUGUUUGUGGUUAAUUUCCAAUAUGAGGGGCAAUACUAUAAAGAUAUCAAAUGCGUGUUGUUCUUGUUUAAAAUUGAUAAAGCCUUCAGUUGAUAAAUUAACUGGCAAGGAGAAAGAUUUUGAAUUUUUUAAAACGUCAGAUCCUAAAAUUAUUCGACUUUUGUAUUUAAUAGGGAAUUUUGGAAAAUAUUGUGAAUUUGAUAAGCACCGAGAGAUAUUUUUGAAAGCGAAUCUUGGAUUAAAAGAGAAUGAAAGUAUAACAAGUUUAUUGACUAAAUAUGUUUUAAUAUUUUGCAAUGAAAAACUUGAAAAUCCUCAGAUUCAAAGAGUGGCAAUUAGGAAUUUGAUUGAUAUUUGUUCAAAUCAUGUGAAAUUAUUUUUAUUAGAAUCUAUUUUAAAAAUAUUUGAUAAUGAAUUUGAAAAGAAGGAUUUGGUAGAUAUCAAUAUAAAAGAAGUGAUAAUUCAAGGUAUUAAUAAUUUUUUAAUUCAAGAGGAAAAGGCAUCUGUAAAAAGAUCGGGAUUGGGAGCAAAAUCAUCAAAGUCUACUAAGCUUGACGUUGAUGUAUUUCAUGGUAAUUCAUCCUCAUAUGUGAAUGAUGGAAUAUGCGCAUCAUUGGUUCAAAGGUAUAUUGGAUAUAUAUUAAAGUUGUGUUUAAUUGAUGGUGGAUUGCAUUCAUAUUCUUCGGUUAGGUUUUUAGAAACAGUUGUUAGACAGGGAUUUGCAAAUCCCAAAUUGUGUAUUUGUACAAUAAUUGCAUUAGAAUUCUCACCAAAUGAUCAUAUAAAAAACAUGGCAAUUGAGAUGCACAGAGAAUUACAUGAUAAACAUGAGUCAUUAAUUGAUUCCAGUUAUAUUGAUGGAUUGAAAGAAGGGGUUAUUUUUAGAAAACAUUUGAUUGAUAAUGAAUUAGCAUUUGAGGACAGUGGGUUUUUAAGAACGUUCUAUGGGAUUAUUAAUACGUCAAGAUCAUCGCGAAAGAGGUUUUUUUUAUCGUUAAACAGAUCAUUUGGAAUUGAAUUAACCAAUUAUCUGGAUCAAAAUGAAGAGAUUAUGGGAAAACUCGAAGAAGAAAGGGAUUUUAUUCUAUUCAUAAUGAUUAAUUUAACAUAUGUUGAAUUGAGUAGCAUAGAAGAAUUGUAUUUAAUCUGUUAUGGAAUUGGUCGAUUGUUAUCCAAAGAAGGAGUUAAUCUAUCGUAUGAGAUUGAAAAAAUAAAGAAUUCAGAAAAUUCUCAAACGUUAAAAGACUGGAAACUUGUGGCAAAUCUAUCAUCGAUAUUUGGGAUUUUACUCAAAUAUAGAGACUAUGUGAUAAAGAAAUACAGUUUAUCAGAGGAUAAAUUGAGAGAAUUUCAGCCGUCUAAGGGAUUGGAUAAAGAUUUAAAGCAGACACCGAAAAAUCACCAUGCUGAGAUGAAAUUUGAGUACCAAGAUCUAAUGGGGAAUACAAAUUCAGUUGGUGUGUGUCAACAAAUUUGCCAAACAUAUGUCGAACUUUUGGCGAUUUCAGGUGGAGGUGAAAAGAAGGAAAAGAACACAGGCAAUCUUUCUUUCGAAGAGGGUGACAGCUCGUCUGGAUUUAGUGUAAUGGAGGUCGACUUUUAAUCUUGCGUAUUUUCGGCCUGUUGUAUAUUUAGCUGUAUAAUUACUGCUGGUUUUGUAGCUUUUGCUGGAAUUAAUAAUUAAUCUGAGCUUUGGUGUGUUGCCAAAAAUUGCCGAAGACAUGCCGACGAAGUGCCGAUAGCGUACCGCUACUCUG